CUAAGUUCUGUAUAAGGGCCCAUCGCUGAAGGGGUAGGGGAACAAUUGAUGGUGCUAAUUUAAGAAGAUUUUUUUUUUUCAGUUUUCCCCCUAGUCUGCACUUAGAGUCUCAUGUCUAACAUUUAGACAUGAAGAGCUUUGUGCAAAUAUCUUUCCUUUUCUGCAUCACUGCAGUGACUUACCCUUCCCAAAUUCUGGCACAGCAGCAGGAAGCUAUCGACGGAGCAUGUACACAUUUUGGACAAGUUUAUGCUGACAGGGAUGUCUGGAAACCAGAACCAUGCCAAAUCUGUGUUUGUGACACUGGAUCUGUGCUGUGCGAUGAUAUUCUCUGUGAUGACGGCGAGUUAGAAUGUGAAAACUCAGAGAUUCCAUUUGGAGAAUGUUGCCCAAUCUGUCCAACUCCACCAAGUCCUACCCCAAAUGGCGGUGGAUCAAAAGGAACAAAGGGAGAUCGUGGACCCAAAGGUGACCCCGGCACUCCUGGCAUUCCUGGCCGAAACGGUGACAACGGAAAUCCAGGUAUGCCAGGUUCACCUGGUCUUCCUGGUCCCCCUGGAAUUUGCGAAGGUUGCGGAGGUGGCUCAGCGACUGGUGGAGAUGUGAACUAUCGUCCUCAGUAUGAUUCCAAAUCUGGAUAUGACUACAAAUCUGGCUCAGGUCAACUUGGGGGUCAAAUGAUGCUUGGUGCACCUGGACCUGCUGGACCUCCAGGACCUACUGGACCAGCCGGCCAACCUGGACCUCAUGGUUAUCAAGGACCUCCAGGUGAAUCUGGACAGCCUGGCCCUCCCGGACCUCCUGGACAAUCCGGACCCGUUGGACCUCUUGGUCCACCAGGAAAAGAUGGAGAAAAUGGUAGACCUGGAAGACCCGGAGAACGUGGAGUAGCUGGUCUCCCUGGCGGCAGAGGACCACCUGGUAUGGCUGGAUUCCAUGGUAUGAAGGGCCACAGAGGUAUAGAUGGAAGGGAUGGGGCAAAGGGAGACAAUGGAGCCCCUGGUCUUAGGGGAGAACCUGGUGCUCCUGGUGACAAUGGAAUGCCUGGCACAGUGGGGCCAAGAGGACAAGCUGGAGAGAGAGGCCGCCCUGGAGGACCUGGACCAGCUGGUGCACGUGGUAAUGAUGGAGCUCCUGGUUCUUCUGGGCAACCGGGUCCCCCAGGUUCUCCUGGUAAUGCAGGAUUUCCUGGUGGUCCAGGUCCUAAGGGUGAAGCUGGAUCUCCUGGAUCCCGUGGUUCUGAUGGAUCUCCUGGGUCUAGAGGUGAACCAGGCCUUCCAGGUUCUGCUGGGUUGACUGGCCCUGCUGGUCCUCCAGGUAGAGAUGGAAAUCCAGGUGGCAAAGGAGAAAUAGGUCCUGCUGGUAUUCCUGGUGCUCCUGGACUGGCUGGUGCUCGUGGUCCUCCUGGUCCACCUGGAACUAACGGAACUCCUGGCUUACGUGGUGCAGCUGGUGAACCUGGCAAAGAUGGUGGAAAAGGAGAGACUGGUCCAAGGGGAGAGCGUGGAGAAGCUGGAACUCCUGGUGCACCUGGUACAGCAGGAGAAGAAGGCAAAAAAGGAGCUAAUGGUGAACCAGGAACUAAUGGAUUACCAGGAACUCCAGGAGAAAGAGGAGCUCCAGGCUUUCGUGGACCAGCGGGUUCCAGUGGAUUGCCAGGUGAAAAGGGACCUGCAGGAGAACGUGGUUCAGCAGGCAGUCCGGGACCGAGAGGAGUUGCUGGCGAACCAGGAAGAGAUGGAGGUCCUGGCCUACCUGGAAUGAGAGGUCUCACAGGAAGUCCAGGCAGCCCUGGAUCUGACGGCAAGCCUGGACCUUCAGGUCCACCUGGAGAAUCUGGAAGAUCAGGCAAUCCUGGUCCACCAGGCCCAAGGGGUCAGCCUGGAGUUAUGGGCUUCCCAGGUCCAAAGGGUAAUGAAGGAGCAGCUGGUAAAAAUGGAGAAAGAGGCCCUCCUGGAUCCCAGGGACCACAGGGUCUUCCAGGAAAGGGUGGUGACCAAGGACAACAAGGUCCCCCAGGAGCAGCAGGUCCUCCAGGUGAACGAGGAGAACCAGGAGCAACAGGACCAGGAGGCUUCCAGGGAUUGCCUGGAGCUCCUGGACCCUCUGGUGAGAAUGGAAAACCUGGAGAAGCCGGACCAAAGGGUGAAGUUGGUGCUCCAGGGGCCUCAGGCAGCAAAGGAGAAAAUGGUGCACCUGGUGAAAGAGGUCCACAAGGCUCCCCUGGAACUCCUGGUACAAGAGGUGGUACUGGUCCUCCUGGACAAGACGGUGCAAAGGGACCUGCUGGCCCACCCGGCCCAUCUGGAGCAAUGGGACCACCUGGUCUCCAAGGAAUGCCUGGUGAAAGAGGAGGAUAUGGAAGUGCUGGGCCAAAAGGAGAGAAGGGUGAACCAGGUGGCAAAGGUACUGAUGGAGCUCCAGGAAAAGAUGGUGUGAGGGGACUCACUGGCCCUAUUGGUCCUCCUGGUCCUGCUGGUCCUGCUGGCGAUAAGGGUGAUGGUGGUCCAGCUGGACCCCCUGGGCCCACUGGUGCACGUGGUGGUCCUGGAGAACGUGGGGAAAUUGGUCCACCUGGUCCCGCUGGCUUUCCUGGAGCACCUGGUCAGAAUGGAGAACCUGGGGGUAAAGGAGAUAAGGGUGGUCCUGGUGAAAGAGGAGAGUCUGGUCCUCCAGGUGUUGCAGGACCUGCUGGUGGUCCUGGUCCUGCUGGUGGUCCUGGUCCUCAGGGAGUUAAAGGUGACCGUGGUGCACCAGGCACAGCUGGUGCUGCUGGAUUCCCUGGUGCUCGUGGUUUACCUGGACCUCCAGGAUCUAAUGGCAAUGCUGGUCCUCCUGGUGCUGCUGGUGGACCAGGAAAAGAUGGUCCUCCAGGUCCAGCAGGCAGUUCUGGUGCUCCUGGUAAUCCAGGUUCUGCAGGUCCAAAGGGUGAGCCAGGUCAAGCAGGAGAGAGAGGUCCACCAGGUUCUCGAGGAGAAGCAGGUGCUCCAGGUCCUUCUGGUAUCUCUGGCCCAGCUGGUUCACGUGGUAUUGUAGGUUUACCUGGUCUACAGGGUAGACCAGGUAGUCCUGGCCUUCCAGGUGCUAAGGGUGAAGAUGGUAGACCAGGUACCAAUGGAUCCCCGGGUGAUCGUGGUUCUCCGGGCCCAGCAGGCCCAGCUGGUCUUAAUGGUUCCCCUGGAGAAGCUGGAAGAGACGGUAAUGCAGGUAGUGAUGGCUUGCCUGGACGGGAUGGAUCUUCUGGCCCAAAGGGUGAUCGUGGUGAAAAUGGCUCCCCUGGUGCUCCUGGGACUCCAGGCCACCCUGGUGCCCCAGGCCCUGUUGGUCCAGCAGGAAAAUCAGGGGAUAGAGGAGAAACUGGUCCUGCUGGUCCUUCCGGUCCUGCUGGUCCUGCUGGUGCUCGAGGUCAACCCGGUCUCCAGGGCCCAAGGGGAGAUAAAGGUGAAGCAGGAGAGCGAGGUACCAAUGGAAUGAAAGGUCAUCGUGGACACCCCGGCAAUCCUGGCCCCCCUGGUGCUCCUGGUCCUUCUGGAGAACAAGGUGUUGCUGGAUCCCCAGGUCCUCUAGGUCCUAGAGGUCCACCAGGAUCUAACGGUGCCCCUGGUAAAGAUGGCACCAGUGGAUAUCCAGGACCCAUAGGACCUCCAGGUCCCCGUGGUAAUAGAGGAGAAACUGGCCCAGAGGGUUCAUCUGGACAACCUGGGCUACCAGGACAGCCUGGUCCCCCUGGCCCACCUGGUCCUUGCUGUGAUGGUGGAGGAGCUAACCUUGGUUCAUAUGGUGGGGAAAAAGGACCAUCAUCUCCAUACUAUGGUGACCAACCAAUUGAUACAACAACUACUUCUGAGAUUAUGUCCUCAUUAAAAUCCAUCAAUAGUCAGAUAGAAAAUAUAAUCAGUCCUGAUGGAACCAGAAAGAACCCAGCUCGUAACUGCCGUGACCUUCAAUUCUGCCACCCAGAUCUUAAGAGUGGUGAAUACUGGAUUGACCCUAACCAAGGUUGUAAAAUGGAUGCCAUUAAAGUGUUCUGCAACAUGGAAACCGGCGAAACAUGCCUUAAUGCCAAUCCUAGAAAUAUUCCACAAAAGAACUGGUACACCAGUCCUGAAGGCACUGCUAAGAAACAUGUUUGGUUUGGCGAGUCUAUGAGUGGUGGAUUCCAGUUUAGCUAUGGUGAUCCAGGCCUCCCAGAAGAUGUUUCUGAUGUUCAAAUGGCCUUCCUCCGAAUUCUGUCUAGCCGAGGUUCUCAAAAUAUUACUUAUCACUGCAAGAACAGUGUUGCAUACAUGGAUGGACAGAACGGAAAUGUUAAGAAGGCUGUAAAGUUCAUGAGCUCUACUGAAAGUGAGCUCAAGGCAGAAGGAAAUAGCAAAUUCACAUACACUGUUUUGGAAGAUGGUUGCACUAAACACACAGGGGACUGGGGUAAAACAGUUUUCGAGUACAGAACACGUAAGACUAUGAGAUUGCCUAUUGUAGAUAUUGCACCAUUGGAUAUCGGAGGACCAGACCAAGAAUUUGGUAUUGAAGUUGGACCAGUAUGCUUUUUGUAAAGUUAGGGUAUUACUUAAUUUUAAACCAUAGCAAACAAUCAGCACUCUGUUUUUUGUCCCUAUUAUCAUUUUGUCACCAAAAUAGUAAUUUAUUUUCCACACAUUGUGGAAAAGGGGAUAAUUUGGUGGAGAGGCGCUAAAUAUUUUGCAAUAACACAAACUAAAUGCUUUGCUCUAUUUUUUGUACAAAAAUUAAAAUUUUGAAGACAUCUGAAUGGUGCUAUAAAAAGUCAAAAUGAAAAAUUAAACACGCACUGAUUAAUAUGUACAUCAAACUCCACCUAGCUUUCUAACCAAGAUGAAGUUCACAGCCGACAGAAAGAACUUCCAUGUUUCAUCUACCUCAUCAUGGGCAGAAUGUUGGGAGAGUUUGAUGAGAUAUGCUAUUAACACCUUGUAAGACCAAGCUGAGAUUCAACACAGUAUAGUUAUCAUUUGGCUUCUAAAUCAAUUUGUCAGGCACAGAUACUAUUUUUUAUAAGAUGUAUUAUCCAGAACUGAUAAUGAAAUUCAGUUUUGCUAGGUGCUUUUUAUAGGUUCCUGUCAUUGCUGGCCAAGACCACUAAAAUAAAAGAGAAGUUUAAACAUCGGACAUCAUGGUGCUAAAUGCUAAUAUGUUUCCAAUUGACGAGUAAAUGAACACAGGAAAAAAAGUUUUACAACACUAAAAAAAUGUUUGUCUUCUGUUUAAAAUAAUUGCUGACAUACAACUUCAUUGAUGGCAUGUGUUAGUGGCAUUUGGCAUAACUAAAUAUUAGUCAGCAUGUUUCACUGAAGCAACUAGAACAUAGUUGGCAAACAUUACCUAUCUUUGUAAACUUUUUUUUAUUGGUUGGUGUAAAGAGACAUAAUAAAAAGAUGUACAAAACUCAUUCACUCUUGUUGUGGAGCUGUGUUUUGUUAUUGUGGAAACUUUAGGUUUAUGCUAAAUAAGCUGCUUUUUUAACUUUAAAUUGUCUGUUAAUUGCCCAUUUUUACAGUUCAAAAAAAAUUUUGCAACACUCUCUUAGGACAGUGUCCCCCAAAGAUUGUAAUGUGAAUAUCAGCCUGAGGGUUUUGCAUUGCAUUGCAUUGAAUAAAUAUAAUGAGAAAUUGGUCUCCUUAACAAAAUUCAAGGAAGGGAAAGAAUGGACACCUCUUUAAAGCUAGCCAUACACAUGAGAUAAUAGUUGGCUAUUUCAGCUAACCAAUGUUUGUAAAUGACAUGUAAAUGCAAGAUCAUUUGUGUUCGCCAAUGAUAGACUAAUGCUAAAAAUUUCAUCAGUUGCCACAGGAGAGCAAAUCUAUUAUUUUUAACCGAUUAAUCGAAGACUGAAAACUCACACAUCUCAUGUUUGCCCAGCUAUUAUUUCUACAGGGCUAAAAGGCUCCCUGUUGCUUUGAUAAACUUCUGUCAUGUCAUAGUGUCAGAAGUGUUGAUUGGUGGGGUUUUGACUGCUUUUACCUCCACUAACCAAUAAAAUAGGCAGUAGCACUCAUCUGGGCACUGUGCCUGUUUGUUUAAUCUGGGCUCUGCUCGGAGAGCAGUGUAGUUGGUGUACGAAAUCCCAGAGAGUUUUUUUUUAAAGCAAUAGGUACUUUGAAGCCAGACAGGGUCCACACUCCCUUAGCAAUGACACCUCACAAGGCUGGAGUCAAAACAAAGUAUGCAUGCUCUCUCAUAUGGUUGAGGUUUCACACAGCCUACCCAGUCUACAAAACUGUUCACUGACUUUACUGACUCUAAGUGACAAUGCUCUGUAGUUAGUAGAAAUGUGUUUUGUUGUUAAUUUUAAACACCAGGUUUUCUAGCCAAGCUCUUUAAAAAAAAAAUAAUAAUAAUUGUCCAUCAUUCCUCCAUUUACUGUGUGACAAACUGUAUGACUUUCUUAUGUGGGGAGAACAUAUUAACUAGAGACGAGCAAGCUGAGCCCAGUGAACCCAGAUUCAAACCGAAUUUCGAAUUUGGCUCUGCUAGCUGAACUUUCCCCAAUGUUUUAGUGUCCAAAAGAAGCAGAAAGUGUAGGGGGUGGUGAAACAAUGUCAGGGUGACCAGAAUAUCACAAGGUAACCAAGGUUAUCAUAUGGUUUGCUGGUUUAUGUUUCAAUCAUGAGCCCCGAACGAACAUCUCUUUGUGUACCGUCCACCCGUUUCCUGCACUGUUUGUACCCUUCAUGGAACAAUAAAGAAGUUUUUA